AUGGAGAAGGACAACCCCCCGCACUUGGUGACCCCCACCUCAGUGAAGGCUAUCAUUUCCAAGAUUGAGACUGCCCAGCUAAUUCGGACUCAGGAGGAUAUUUCCACUCAGCUCUCAGACAUCUUGGACAAUGUCAACUCUGCCAUCAAUCGCUUCCAGAAAGAAAUGGGAUAUGACUUAAAAGAAAAGAUAAAACCUCACCAACCAGAGCAAAAAGGCAGGAAGAGAUUCAUCUUGCUGGAGAAAAUUGCCUCCUUCUCCAAAGAUGCUAAGGCCAAAGAGAAACAUCUGUAUGAGCUUCUUGACUGGCUGGGUGACUGGGGUGACAGUCUGACCUGUGAGAUGGCGAGCAGGAGAAAUCUGGAGGAAGAGGAAGCCCUUAAUGAAUGGAUCGAGGUGAUGGAGAAAGUGUUGCCUCUCUCCCUCAUGGCCACCAAAGGAGGCAUCGAGUCUCUCGUCUCUCUUUGCUCCUCUCUCAUUGAAGAGCAAAAGAAAAAGGCACUAACAUCCAGGCAUAACUUCUGGCAGGAGUGGCAGCAGAAAAGCGCACAGAAGUCCCCAGAGUCCCCUCAGCCUCUGAGCCCGGAGCAGAUGCUACAGGACAAGAACACCACGUGCAUGAAGGUCUCGGAGGUGAAAUCCAUGCUUCAGGAGCUCCUUGACUCCACCAUGUUCAAGAAAGGGGAGGUCAAGGCCAUCAGGUACAUGUCUACUGUGCUGGAGAACCUCAACAAGGCCUUGACACUCCAACACAGGGAGAACAAGAGUCUGGAGACGAAAUACAAAUACAUGCAGGUGGAGAUGAGCAAAGAGCUCAGCACCCAGAGGCUGUAUUUCCAAAAAUCCAUCCAAGUCCUGGAAAGCCAAAAAGCUGCACUGCAAAAACAGUUUGAGAUCCUAGGGGAGAAGUACCGUGACCUCCUCUUGAUAAAACAAGCCUUGGAAUACCAGCUAAAGAAGGCUCAGAUUGCCAGGGGCCUAGAACGACCAGCUGAGCUUACAGCCCUGGAGGAACUGCAGCAGAAGCUCUACCAGGAAGGACCUUUGUUUUCAGCACUUUCUCCAACUCCGCCAACCCAGGCCUGGGACAGUGACACUACCCCCUCAGCUCAAGAGCCGCUCUCCACCAUGGCCAUGAAGUCAACGGCUGCAGACGCGUUCACCGAGCACCCGGAGCCUGAGCUGCUGCACUCAGAGGCCCUCCAGCUUCCCACACAGUGGGAAGAACCGGGAGCAGAGGCCCCAGACCAUGAAGGCAAAGACCAGGGGGAGGACCACUUCCGAGAGAAGGAAGCCAUCCAAAGCAAGUCCGAUCCCCAGAAGUGCCCGUCUCCAGAGAGCUCCAGGAGGGUGCUUUUGGAGACUUCCUUCCACAUGGAGCACUGGAAGGAAGACCUGAGCUGGGAGGCGAGGAGGCAGCAGUGGCUGCAGGAGGAGGAGAUGUGGCUUCAGCGGCAGAAGAAGUGGGCCCUGCUGGAGCAGGAGCACCAGGAGAAGGCGCGGCAGUGGGAGGCCGAGGCAGCGGCCAGGCAGCAGUGGCAGAGACUCUCCCCCCCGGAAGAGAAAUCCAGCCCCAGGAAGGGAGAUUCGGAGAAGCUGAUCUUCACAACCACCACCCGGUGGAGGAACCUGGUGAAGACAGAACAAGCAUGGGCGCCUCCCCAGGGCCGAACCCAGUCUGCUCGCCCAAGCAGGAGGUCACACUUACCCAUGCCCAAACACACCCAGCAGCCUGGCCAGAGAAACCAGAAGACCCUGAGUUCAGCUGAGCUGGGGCAGAUACCGCAGGCCUGUCAGGCUUCUGCUAAGCCCAAGAAAUGUGCCUCCUUUCCCGUCACUGGGCUAUACAUCCAAAGGGUGGCCCGACCCUCUCCACAGAAAGACCCAGAAAGCCCUCAGGACACCAUGUACCACAUAGACAUGGCAGCCCAGAUGAAGAACCUGCAAACCCUGGGUGGCUUGGAGUCAGAGCUGGCCCUGCCACACCACCAGCGCAGCAAGGCCCUGGAACUCACUGUCAUCGCCAUGAAGCUGAGCAUCCUCAGGCUGCAGCACCUGUUCCAGAAGUACAUCCACUACAGACACUUCCAGAGCCUCCGACAGGAAGUGAUCAAACACAUAGGAUCUACUCCACAGACAAAGGUCACCUAUAAGAAGCGGGACCUCUACGUGUUCCUGGAAAACAUCGACCGUCAGCAGAGCAUCCGGCUGCAGGCCUGGAGAGACAAGCAGAAGGAAGUGGAGGAGAGGCUCCAGGAAUGCCUGCACAAGAUGGUGACCAUGUUCCUUCUGCUCCGGGAAGAGUGCAAUGUCCACCUGAACAUCCCUGUGACGGGCACCACGGGCACCUCGGCCAGGCCAGGGAAAUGCAAGUCGCCUCCAGUCUUACUCCAGAGAGUCCGUUCCAGUGCUUCAACCAACAAGCAAUCCUCUAUGCCCAAGCACAGGGAAUCCACGCCCCUGUGGGUAUCCAGCACCCAACAAGAAAACCAGAUGGAAGCCAUAUGGAAGGCUGAUGUGGCCUCUUCAAGUUACCCAAUAGAAAGAAAGGUACUACUCACAAGCCUGCCCUGGGAUCAUCUAGGGGGAUACCCAGAUAUCCCCAGGCUAUUGGCAGUGGAGAGGCCUUCCUACCACAGAGGCAUGCUGUCCUUCGAGACUCGUUCUUCCAGUGCCUCAGUGAUCCAAAGAAAGGUAUCCCAGGAACCCUCGGAGGAGCCACCUGGGCUUGUCAGGAAAAUGUCCAGCCAGUCGCUCCCUGAAUCCCUAUAA